CCGGGCUCCCCCCCCCGGCCUGUCUUCUAGGAGGGCGCACGCCGACGACUAUACGCUUCGACCGCUUCGUCGCGUCCACCGCGGAUCUAAGUUUUGUUUCCGCAGGGGCUCCCCGGGGAUGGUUCCCGUCGGCCUGACGCGGCAGUUCCCUCGCUCGGAUUAACGCGGCGGAGGUGAAAAUGAAAGUGACGGUGUGUUUCGGGAGGACCCGGGUGGUCGUCCCGUGCGGAGAUGGGAAUAUACAAGUCCACAACCUCAUCGAUCAGGCGGCCAUGAGGUACAAGAAGGCGAUCGCAAAGGAUCCCAGCUACUGGGUCCAAGUCCACAGGUUGGAACAUGGGGAUGGUGGCAUUUUGGACCUGGAUGACAUGCUGUGCGACGUGGUGGACGACAAAGAUAGGCUGGUAGCAGUAUAUGAAGAGCAGGAUCCUCACAAUGGGGGCGACGGUACCAGUGCGAGCUCCACCGGUACGCAGAGUCCAGAACCCUUCCCCACUGAAAUGAGUUCACCAUCGGCCUCUCAGCCGCGCCAGCCCAACAGUGAGAUCGUGGUCACCCCGUCCGCUCUGCGAUCCAACAUGCCUCUCCACGUCCGACGCAGUAGUGAUCCCUCCCUGGUCGGCCUUCCUCCGGGCGAAGUCCUGGUCACUCCAGGUGAACCGUCCAGAACGAACCCAACGCGCUGGUCCACAACUGCUGGCUUCCAAAAGCACAAAUCCAAACCAAACACAAGCACUGGCAGCCUGGAACAGAAGGGUAGAGGACCCCAUGCCUAUCGGAGUCUUCCUCGUGAUGCCAAUGGCUGGACCUCUCAGUUCCAGAGAGAAUUGACUCGAUCGUCCUUGAGCGCCAACCACCCAAUGGUGGACCAAUGGUUGGACCGACAGGAACAGGAGGAUGAGGAAGAAGAGCGAAGGAGACAUGAAAGAAGGAUUGAAAGGAUCGAGCCAGUAGGGAGGGCUGAUUCUUCAUUGGAACAUUCACCCGGAUUCAGUCUAGAAGGCCUGCUCAAGUCGGUCGAGGUGUCCAACGGAGGAGGGCCCCUGGGGAUCCACGUAUUGCCUCUCAGUUCGCAGGAUGCCAGGACUCAGGGCUUGCUCGUCAAGCGUCUGGAGCGCGGGGGGAAGGCCGAGCAGGAGCGCCUCUUCCAGGAGAACGACUGUAUCGUCAGAAUCAAUCGGGAAGACAUUCGCCACCUGCGCUUCGAACAGGCGCAGAGCAUUUUCAAGCAGGCAAUGCGUGGCUCGGCCAUCCUCUUCCAUGUGGUCCCUGCAGCCCUGAAGAGGCAGUAUGAGCUGCUGACGGCCCAGACGGAGCUCAGCCCGCCCCAGCAAAACAGAGUCCGCUUCAGUCAAGUCUCCAUGCAGUCGGGGGAUCGCUUCAGCCUAGUGGGGGGGGCAAUGCCCAGACCUGGACCAUCACCGGGCCUCAACCACGACUACCAGGAACCCCUGGCAGGAAGCACCCCCGACCAGAGCCGACGGUACCCCACCUCACCCCACCACUUGGUCGCCCGGACCUCUUCAUCCACCUCCCCCUCCCUGCAGCGCAGGAUAAGCACGAACCAGACCACCAGUUCCUACUUGAAGAACAAAGGACGCAGAUUCAACAUCCAGCUGAAGAAAGGUCAAGAGGGUCUCGGGUUCAGCAUCACAUCCAGAGACGUACCCAUUGGUGACAGUGCUCCCAUUUAUGUCAAAAACAUCCUUCCUCGAGGGGCCGCCAUCCAAGAUGGCCGAUUGAAAGCAGGGGACCGGCUGCUGGAGGUCAGUGGAGUGGACCUGAAUGGUCAGAGCCAGGAGGAGGUGGUGGCCCUGCUCCGAGCCACGCCCAUGGGUGGCACUGUGGACCUGUUGGUGAUCCGCCCUGAGGACUCACUGCUGCCCCGAGAAGUGCAUUCAGAAGAGGACGACAUGGUGUUGACCCCGGACGGCACACAAGAGUUCAUGACCUUUGAGAUCCCACUAAGUGACUCGGGCUCGGCGGGCCUGGGGGUCAGCGUCAAGGGGAACCGCUCCAAGGAGAACCACGCCGACUUGGGCAUCUUUGUUAAAUCCAUUAUAAAUGGAGGUGCCGCUAGCAAGGAUGGCCGUCUACGGGUCAAUGACCAGCUCAUCGCAGUCAACGGGGAGUCGCUGCACGGGAUGACCAACCAGGAUGCCAUGGAAACGCUGCGCACGUCCAUGUCCGUGGAGGGCAACAAGCGGGGGAUGAUUCAGCUCAUCGUGGCCCGGCACGUGUCCAAAAACAACGAGGAAGCCCCUGCCAGCCCUCCGGUCCUAAAGCAUCUCCAGAACUCUCUACUGGACAAUCACGAGCGGCACAUCUCCAACCCCAUUUAUAAAAUCAUAGAAGGCUUGGAUACCAACUCCACGCCGUUGGCUAAUAUGAUCGGACGCAUGGGUAACCACCAGCUCUCCCCCACGGUGAACAUGCCUCAGGACGACAUAGUGAUGAUCGAAGACGACAGGCCGCCGCUGCUUCCUGCCCGACUCUCCGACCAAUCGUCUUCCAGUUCCCACGAUGACAUGGGCUUCCUGGGAGAGGAGCCGGUGUCCUGGAUCCACGACUUGCCCAGUCAGGAUGAAUGCUCGCUCAGCCCAGAUGCCGACCCUGACGGCUCGUUCCAGAGGGAGGGCUUCGCCCGUCAGAGCAUGUCCGAGAAACGCACCAAACAAUAUGAAAAUGCCGCUGAGCUGGAGAUCAUCAAGACGCGCAAGUCCAAGAGCAUGGAUCUGGGUGUCGCAGAACAAGUCCUCGGACCCUCGCUGGGCCUGAAAAAGUCCAGCUCACUUGAAAGCCUCCAGACGGCCGUUGCCGAGGCGACGCUGAACGGCAAGAUCAACGUGAAGAGGACGCGCUCGCGGAUCGCCAGGGGCCGCGGUUGUAACGAGAGCUUCAGGGCCGCAAUCGACAAAUCAUACGAGAAACCUGUCGCCAGAGCGCCACGAGAGGACAACGGCACUGAGAUAUUGGACGAGGACACCGAGGGAAGCUCCAGAUCUGGUCGCGAGUCGAUGUCCGCCAGCGGCGAGCUGACAGCGGGACCCGGGCUGAAUGGCAACCCCUCCAAAGACGACAGGCACAAAGACCGGGACAAGGUUGAGGGGAAGGAGAAGAAGAAAACCGAAAGGGACAAAGAGAGAGAGAUGGACAAGGGCAAAGCCAAGAAAGGCGUGCUGAAGGGCCUGGGAGAGAUGUUCAGGUUCGGAAAGCACCGGAAGGAUGAGCGGCCAGGAGACAGGAGUGAGAGGAAGGGCUCCAGUAAAUCUAAAGCUGAGGACAAGCAGGCGUCAGAGGAGGAGACCAUGGGAAUGAGGAUGGAACAAGAGAGAAUACAUGCCAAGAUGCAGGAGUUUCGGGAGAAUCAGACAAAGGAGCGGGAAUACGCUGAGAUCCAAGACAUCGUCAGCGGGGCCUUGAGCUCAGAUGAGGAGCACACCUACGCCGGCAUCGGAUCAUUAGACUCCUCGGUGGAUAGCAGCAGCUUGGAGCCCUACAGCCCCCACUACCAUCUCCCCCAGAGUUCCCAGAGUCCUCCACUUCCUGGGAGUCUACAGGACAAGGGUCCCCCCCUGGAGGCCCUGUAUGCCCGGGUCAACAAGCCACGCAACGGACGCCCUGCAGCUCCAGACAGCAGUCACAUGGCUCCCAGUAACCACAACCGGAUACAAGUGCUGAGGAGCGAGUUCCAGCAGGCCAGGCAGGAGGAUGACCAGGAGGACCAAGGGCGCACCAACAUCUUCAACCAGUCCCAGGUGGGCAAUGGGACGGAGUUGCCAAGCGGACGCCAUUCGGUGUCCGUUGAGACUCAGGCCCAAAAGCAGCAGCAAGAGGACAGAGAUGGUUUCCAACAAGGACAGAGACAGUACAACUCCCUGCCACGGCAACCUCGAAAGAAUCCCAGCACAACAUCCCAGGACUCGUGGGACAAGGGGUAUAUGCCAGUGGAGGGAUUCCAGAUAUCCAGUGAGAACCCCCGCUACUCCGUCAGCCACGGAUCACACAACGGCUACCUGGCAACGUCCAGCUACAAUGCCCGCGUCCUCUUGGAGACCCAGGAGCUGCUGAGGCAGGACCAGAAACGCAGAGAGCAUGAGGCCAACAAGAUCAGGCCGUCUACUGGGCUGGAAGCCCCCAGCGGGGAGCCUACUCCCGACUACGGCCGAGCCCACACUCAGGCCCCAAGCUAUGCCCCGUUAAAAGCCCCACCUCAGUCCAAGGGCCCAUACCGGCAGGACGUGCCCCCGUCGCCCUCUCAGCUCGCCAAGCUCAGCCGGCUUCAGGGAUCAGAGAAACGGAGGCUUUUUUACUCCUGAGACAGGGACCAGACUUUUGUAAGAUUUGGACUGAUUCUAUAGACCAUUAACAGGGGAAUACAAAGAGGGAUAUAAGUCAUUAUUAGAUACUGAGAUUCAAAGAUUUUUAUGGAACUGUUGACAGAAUAUGUUAAUAUGUAAAACAAAAAAAAUGAUUUUUUCUUUUUUAUAUGAACCAUGAUGCAUUUUAUUAAAAACUAUAUGAUUUUGAGAUGUUAUGAAUUGUGAUAAUCUACAAGUGCCUUCUGGUCCGUUGAUGGCUUUUAGUCAGCAUCAACCCACUUUGCUUUUUAUUCCUUCAGCUUUCAGCCAACGUGAUACAUUGACAGGCGCCGGCAGGGAUCUCAGUCGGUACAGCGCUAAUGUGGAUGAGGCAUCGUUUUUUUAUUGCGAUUUGGGCAUGACCCCCCCCCCCCUGCCACCUCCACUCUCUCGAUGACCCCUUUGGUUUCAGAUACUAACCCAGAGCUUGUAUCCUACCUCCACACCCCCCCACCCCACCGCUGGCAUUCCAUAUGAUAUUCCUGAAUUCUCUCUUCCUGUUGCUGAUUUAUUCUUUUCACACUUUCACCCUCACCAUACGGCGUUUUGGAGGAAAACAGCUUUAGAUCUCCUUCAUCCCCACCCUGUCGCGCCCACACGGGGAAUCCAGCAGUGUAUAUGGGGUCAGGUCUGGAUUAUUAAUGAUUGGACCUCAUUAAAAAUGAAUGGGUCCCUUUGUUGUCGUGUAUGGCAAUAAAAGAAGACGCGGCGACAUUGCCGGUGCAGCUCUGGCCCCGUCUUCGCCAAGAAUGAUUCUGCUGUAACCGAAGCCUGCUGGCCUCGAGGUGUCUGAGUUGUUCCUCUGUAUAUUUCAUCGGUGCGGUUUCAUGGGAAACCACAUUGUCACAGUGUAGGACCCCCUAUCCACCGGGCCUAUACAAUGGAGCUGAUUUUCUUUUCCUUUCUCAAUCAUUUCCAUUGGUAGGAGUCCUCUGGGAAGUCUGUUUGUCGUUCAGUCAAUAAUCACUGGAGAAUUUUCACUGUUUGUGAAAGUGUACAUGCGUUUGUGUGUAUGUCAGGGGAUGAUAAUAUCAUUCAAUGUAGGACAGCAUUUGUGCACAGCUGGACCAGGAACGCAUCUCAUCUUGAAAGUCUUGUAAAUGUCUCCAUGUAAAACCUGGUUGCCCAUAUACAGGGCCAAGAUAUCUGUGCUGGGGAGGUCAGGUUUCUGUAAUCUCCUACCGCGAUUUAUGGAAUCAGGUUUGCGGUUUCCAUGAUGUUUUAUGAAAUUGCUGGAAAAAUCAGACUUCUUCAUCCUUUGUUUUGUUCAAUGGAAAGUGCAUCUACACACACUUCUUUCUUGAAAGAGUGCAGAAAGUUAAAAAGCAUGCAGUGCACAAUCUUUGUUGUCAGUUCCACUAGGUCGGAUUCCACAGGAAAUCCGAUAAAACACUUCAGGUUCACCAGAAACCAAAAUGAAAUCCAAAUGAAAGCUUCUUGUGGUUAAUUAAAAAUGUAUUUUCUAUUGAUAUCUAACCAGAGCCCUGGCGGCACAAGAAUUCAGGUCACAGAUAAAGUUCCAUUUCUAUCCGGCAUCCAAGGGUUAGUAGGUUAAGAGUAUGAUCUAUAGAAUUAUCGCCGUUCACGGUCUACGGGCCUCACAAGUACAUGAAAGAUCAUGUUCUCACACAUAAAAGGGAAUGUGAAAUACGUUACAGUAUGUUUAUUCGUCUAAAAAUGUUCCUCUGCGUCUGUGUGUAGGUGGACAUGUGUUUAAGUGUCUGUGGUUGCUGCCAGUAACCGGAUGCUCCAAUAUGUCUAGGAAUAUGUCUUGGCAGCCAUAUGAACCACUUGGCUGCUAAGUGGGAGAAGAGCAGAGGAGUAGGAGGCAGAGAAGAUGGGAGGCCUGACCCUGUAGAUGGUUCAGUCAAUGGAGUAAUCACAACUAUUCCUCUGAGUGUGCAGUACAAACAUGAGGUUACCAACAAGGCUGCACUCACUUUGGCUGUCUCUCCUCCUUCUUCUUCUUCUCUUAAUUCAUCACCCUCAUCUGUUGCUUUCACAUUUUGUUUGUUUACCAGAAGCUGACAGGGUUGUGUGUGUGUGUGUGGGGGGGGGGGGGGGGGUCCAACUCUGACACAGAAGUUAUUUUAACAGAUGCUUCCAUCUUUUAUGAGUCCCCAUUAUGAGCUGAGGAGGGGUUCAAGUGCCUGUAAAACGCAUUUUUUUCUCAUUGUAUGUAUAUUAGAUAAUAUCCCAUAAUGCAUGUUUAUUGUUUCUGUUGUGUAAUUGAUGUUUGUGCAGCGCCAGCGUGACAUUUGGAGUCUUCUCAUAAAGCUACUCUUUUGUUUUUUUCUUUUUUUUUAAUCUUGGGAGAAAUGAGAAAAUAUAUUUCUAUUGUUCAACUGUGUUUUCAUGACCAUUCCUCAUUGUAUUUUAUUGUUCACAAUAUAGUACCAUGGUGGUAAAAAAUUACUUAUAUGUAAGAGCAGUGCAAUUUUCCUUUUUCCGUAUCAUUAAGAACCCUAUCGCCAUUCUCUGUAUAUACUAUGAAUUGAGGGUGGAUUCAAAUUCUUGUAAAAAAUAAUCCUUUAACAUUUCCUAAUGAUCUCUCUGCUUUUGACACACCAGUGAAAUAAGAUGCAUAAAGGAAAUAAAUGAUUUUUUAAAAUUU